AUGGCGGUUUUACAAAAUCAUAGUAAUAAUGAUACUAAUAAAAAUUUAAGGUCGAGUCUUGAUAGAAUAGAAGUUAUGAAAGAUGAUACGAUUACUGGCGAUUUUGAUGUUGAGCAAACCGGAUCUGUAAGUGAAGAUAACAAUGCAGAAGAGGAAGAACGUACAGAUAGCCAAGUUUUUGAAAUAUUGCAAGAUAAAGAAAUCGAAGUAAAUCAAGACAAGAAUGAUAUUGAAGAUUUCGAAUUUGAACCAAUUGUUUCUGUAUGUCAAGAUGACAAUAUAGAAGAAGAAAAAAGAGAUGGACAGAAAUUGAGAGUUGCACGAAAAACAGAUAAAAAGAUAAACGAGAAACAAAGAAAAAGAUUAUCAGAUGAGUAUCAGCGAGCAUCGGAUUCUGAGAAAUCGAUAUUAGAACAAGAUAUUGAUAGUGAAAGAGUUGUUACAAGGAAAUACUUAGAAGAAGAACUCGGAGCAUUGGGGAGAGUUAUUGUAGAAAGAAUAACUGAAGAAUUAGAUGCAAAAAUAUCAUCGAAUCGAUCUGAAUCAAUAAGAACUACUACCAACGUAUCAGAGUUUGAUCAAAAUAUCGUAGACAAUCAGAUCAUUAUUGACGGCAUCUCGAUCAAUUCGCAUUGUUGGUAUUUAGCUGCAAAUGCUAAAACAAUGAGAAAACGUGCAAACCAUAUAAUGCGAGGGUGUUGGACAGAAGAAGAGAGAAAUAUUCUUGUAUUACGCCGGAAUAAGCGUUAUGAUGAUGGGCGUGUUGUUAAGUCAAGAGAACUUGAAAAUAUCAAAACAUUAUGUCUAAAUCUUCAGUCAGCUAAAAAACUCAAAUAUAAAAAAGGUAAACAUAACAUUGAGGCAAAUUUACGAGAUUGGUUGAAAGAUUUUUUAAAAAAUGAUCGAUAUCGAAGAUCCCAACUGGUAUACAACGAUGAAGAUUUAUGAAAAUCAUUGUUGUGGCUGUUAGAAAUAUUUUUUCAUUUUGUUUUUUUUUUUGAUUAUUUUCAUUUUUUAGUCAAUUACAUUUUUCGUCACUAAAAAUUAAAAUGAAUAUCUUGUCCAAAUACAAAGAGUACUUUCCAUUGUCUAUGUGAGAAGCAGUAUCAUAAGUUGUAAAAAUAAAAGAUUAGUUUAUAACAUGCAUGUUGAAAAAAUUCAUAUGAAUUGAAAUUUCUAUGCUAAAUAUUAUGUACUGUGUACAGUA